UGAAAUUGUCGAUUACUUCAGCCCAUAGAGCGUAGCGUUGGUUCUGGUUUCUCAACGUGUUGAAAUCGUAAUAAUUUUCCCGAAAUUUGCAAUUCUAAGGAUCAUGGAAACCAUUCUAGAACAACAGAGAAGGAUACAUGAGGAAAAGGAGAGAGUAGUUGAUGCAUUGGUGAAAGAAACUCUUCAUAAAAAGACAAAUAACCGUGAACAGAUAAAUUCAGACUUUCGAGCAAAGCAACUACUUGAUCGCUUUGUAGAGGGGGCUAACACCCUAAGGGAGCUAUACGAUGAUAGAGAUGGGUUACGUAAGGAGGAGAUCCAAGCAUUAUCAGGUCCUAAUGAGUUUGCUGAGUUCUAUACAAGGUUAAAGGUCAUCAAAGAUUUCCAUAGGAAACAUCCUAAUGAGGUUUCUGUGCCUAUGUCGAUUGAGUUUGAGCAGCUGAGAGAAGAGAGAGAGAACCCAGCAGAGGAGAAUCAAUCAUUGGUUCCAUUCAAAGAUGAGGAAGGAUAUGGGAAGUACAUGGAUCUUCAUGAAUGUUAUGACAAGUAUAUCAAUCUCAAGGGCACCGAGGUGAGAUAUUUAAUAAUAAUAAUAAUAGCUGGAUGUAUAAAGCGCUUUUGUGCCAGAGGAUACAAAGCGCUGCUAUUAUUACCCAGGCUUUAGCUCAAGCGACCAUCACCAGUGCUCAGUGCUUGCAAGGAAUUACUCCUGCCGGGUACCCAUUCACCUCACCUGGGUCGAGUGCAGCACAGUAUGGAUAAAUUUAUUGCUGAAGGAAAAUACGCCAUGGCUACGAUUCGAACCUACGACCCUGGGUCGAGUGCAGCACAGUAUGGAUAAAUUUAUUGCUGAAGGAAAAUACGCCAUGGCUACGAUUCGAACCCACAACCCUCUGUUUCAAAGGCGAGAGUCAGAACCACUAGACCACGACGCACCCGAUAGAAUUGAAAUAUAAUUAGAUCAUCACCAUGAUGUAUAUUGUAUACUGGAUGCAAUAAACCCAUCAGGAUGUGAUAAUUCAGAGCUGCCAACCGUUAUGUGUUUCAAGUAAUAUGCUUUUAUAACCAAAUUCCAGCAUUAUGCUCUUUCUUCAUAACUUACAAUUUUCUAUGAAAAAAAGUAUUAAAAAUUCAUUUUAUUGUCUCACCUGCAUAGCAGAGUGAGACUAUAGGCGCCGCUUUUCCGACGGCGGCGGCGGCGGCGUCAACACCAAAUCUUAACCUGAGGUUAAGUUUUUGAAAUGACAGCAUAACUUAGAAAGUAUAUGGACCUAGUUCAUGAAACUUGGCCAUAAGAUUAAUCAAGUAUUACUGAACAUCCUGCCUGAGUUUCAUGUCACAUGACCAAGGUCAAAGGUCAUUUAGGGUCAAUGAACUUAGACCAUGUUGGGGGAAUCAACAUCAAAAUCUUAACCUAAGGUUAAGUUUUUGAAAUGUCAUCAUAACUUAGAAAAUAUAUGGACCUAGUUCAUGAAACUUAUACAUAAGGUUAAUCAAGUAUCACUGAACAUCCUGCAUGAGUUUCACGUCACAUGACCAAGGUCAAAGGUCAUUUAGGGUCAAUGAACUGUGGCCGAAUUGGGGGUAUCUGUUGAAUUACCAUCAUAACUUUGAAAGUUUAUGGAUCUGAUUCAUGAAACUUGGACAUAAUAGUAAUCAAGUAUUACUGAACAUCCUGUGCAAGUUUCAGGUCACAUGAUCAAGGUCAAAGGUCAUUUAGGGUCAAUGAACUUUGGCCAAAUUGGGGUAUUUGUUGAAUUACAGCCAUAAAUUUGAAAGUGUGUUGGUCUAGUUCAUAAAACUUGGACAUAAUAGUAAUCAAGUAUCACUGAACAUCCUGUGCGAGUUUCAGGUCACAUGAUCAAGGUCAAAGGUCAUGUAAGGUCAAAGAACUUUGGCCACGUUGGGGGUAUUUGUUGAAUUGCCAUCAUAUCUCUAUAAGUGUAUUGGUCUAGUUCAUAAAACGUGGAAAUAAGAGUAACCAAGUAUCACUGAACAUCUUUUGCGAGUUAUAGUAGUUUUCAAAAUCAGCACUGCUGCUAUAUUGAAUCGCGUGAUGCAGGUGAGACGGCCAGAGGCAUUCCACUUGUUGAGAAUAAAUUCUUUAUACAUGUCUCUUUUUCUUAAAACUGAUGCAAGUAUAGGAGGCAAGUUUAUGAAUGUGAUAUCAGGUAAUUAGAUCAAGAUCAAAGGUCAUUGGGAAUCACUGCAAGCAGUAUCUAAUUCCCAGAGGUUGGAAGAUAUGGUUUUAAGGUUCUGUCACAUUGUGUUUGAUGUGAACUUGACUUAUUAUUCUAAUCAGGCUGUUUGACCUCCCAAGAAUUAAACUAUAAGAUGAAAUUGUACAUUUCGAUCAAAAUGAAUUUAUUAUAUAUAUCAAUAUUGCCAUUAUCGAGGCUCACAAGCUGUCAAAACAUAAAGAUCAAGAAAACAGUAUCAACAACGUUUUGGAACAAUCUGUCUCAAUUCAAAUUAGUAUAAUCUAGACAAAUUAAGUUAGUAUUGUGACCUGCAAUUCCUAUUCAAGGAAAGAGCAUAAACUCUGUGUUUAUGAAAACAAUCUAUAUAGUAUACGUAUACCGACUGUGGGGAAAGUUCAGUUUCUCAAGUCUUCACUCAUCACCCGUUGUCAGACGUCAAAUGCAUCAAUGUCCAAAUUGAUCAUGCGAUGCUGAAGAAAUUUGCCGAACGGAAGACGAUAUGGGGAUGAACUCGCGAAUGCGAUGAACUAACCAAGAACUCGGGACUUUCCGUAGAGAACGUAGCAAUCAUAGAACGUCGUAAGACGUCGAAGAGGCCGUGUACGUCACAAGACGUAGAACGUAGCUAAACAUUGCCAAACGAGGAGAACCAUGGCAAUACAUGGAAACGUGGUGAAACGUAAAGAGACUUGGAUAAAAAUCAUCGAGAAAACGGCCGUCUGGAAGAGAAUACGCAAGGAUUAACAGCCUACAGUUCAUAUAAUUUCUGUUAUUCAAAUGGUUUAUAAUAGAAUAAAUGCUGAGUACAUUCAAGCAGGUCAAUGAACUUUCUAUACUUGCUUCCAAGUACCUAAUAGCAGUGUCCUUACUCUGAACAAGUAAAACAUUAAUUCUUAUUAAGUGUCAUAUAAAAGUCACCACUCUCGUAGUUAACAAGUGUUUAAACAGAAGCUUCAACAUUUGUAAAAAUAGACUAAUUGUCUUGAUAAAGGACAAAAUACCUUUCAAGUUUUAAAUAUUAGAUAAUUAGGUCACUUCCUAAAACAAUCAUUUCAUGACAUGUGUUAGACAUAUAAAUAUAAUAUCUGAUAUCUUACAUGUAGAUGUAUGUCUCAUAUCUUAGUCUUCAAAUAGCAUAAUUAUCCUUCAUCAUGUUUAAUUGUAAUACAAAUCAACACCACAGGUUCUAAAUAUAAUCAUAGCUUUUCAUAAUAAUAUGGUAAACUAAAACAUCAACUUACAGUCUGGACCUUGAAUUCCAACCAGUGUACCAACCACUGCUGGCUUACAUGCCACUCCAAAUAUCAAAGGCGUGGCACCAAAGUGCUGGCUUUCCCAGCCAAGGAGCUGCUGAAAGAUGCUGCUGCACCCUAUGCUUGCUUAUCUGCAGUCUGCUGAACAUUAGCUUGCAUAGCCCUAUGCAGUGCACACACACAAUAGCUAUCAAACACAGUGAGGGGUUGCCUACUCUAGCAGUUAGGUUUGGUCUAUUCAUAAACAAAUUAGGAGUUACUCAACCAAAUAGGCUCUUCCACUGGCUAGUAAAGGGGAGUUUGAAUAAGCUUCUGACAAUUACCCCCUAUUUGAAAAAAAUGUAUCACAUUUUGCAAAAACCAAAAUAUAAGAGCUUAUUCCAACUCUAACAUUAACUUCCUGUCUUUGUUUCAAUAUAGUCAGUAAUCAAAUUAAACACGACUCCUUUUCUGGGAUCGAGUUUUUUUUUUCUUCUUCUUCUUCAAAGAAAAUCAAAAAUGCAUAUGUGUGUGUAUAUAUAUAUCUAUUCCUAUUAAAACAUGUAUACAGAUGUCUUAGUAACUAUAGUUAAUAUUUGUCACAGUGUUCAAGAAACUUGUAUUUAUUAGAGACAUUGUAUGUGUAUAUAUUAUGUAUAUUAUGUAUACUUGCUUACUAUUUUUUUUUUUUUUUUUUUAUAAAGAGAAAUUAUCGAGUAAGUUAAUUACGCUUGAUUUAUUAUGCGGAUAUUUAUAUUCCU